AUGCCAAUAAAAGCAACAUGGGAUAUCAAAAUACAGUGUUUAAAAUUCCGAAACACAGUUUUUGCCUCCUCAUGACGUCAAUACAUCCUUCUUGGGAUUUACCGGAAACAGAAUAAAGAGAAGGUAUACAUAGAUCCUUAUGAUUGAGGCAUUAGCAGAAUGAUGUACUCUGAUUCAGACUCUGAUUCUGACAUUAGUGAGGAGAGUCUUGAAUCUUAUGAUGAAAAGAACGAGGUCUGUAAGUCACCUAAAAUUUUUGCUCAGUACAACUGAGUGAGAUCAAGCCUGAUAAAACUCAGAAGUAACUCACUAAAUUUACCGUUGAAGGAUUAUGCGCUAUUCCAGGUAGACAUUGAUAUUGAUGAAAAUAAAUUAGAGCAAGGUAUCAGCUCAGAAGCUCUGUUCAAAUCUACUCAGGAAGAGCUUUAUAUAGAAAUUGCUCUUUACGCUGGUGGUCUCAAUGAAUCCCAAGAUAGAUCAUCAUUAUUUACAAAUGAAGAACUUAAAAAUGAAGAUGGGGGUUCAAAAUAAAGAGUAUUACGAAUCAAAGUCUAUUCAUAAGAUAAAGACCAUAGAACUGAAGAUCUCUGACCUCUACGAAUGAAAAUUCGAGUACUUCUCCAUUGCUUUUUAUGAUUGAAAUUUCUGACAACUGGAAGGUUUUGUAACUUCCUCAUUAAUCAACUACAAGUUUAUUGCUCCUAAGAAUAGUCAGCUUGACAAGACUUUUGACAUGAGGAGUUUGCCCCUGAAAAAGCAUGAAUCUGAAAGGAAAACGAUGAAGAACUACAAAAGCUUCAAAGGCCUAGAUACCAGCUCAGAAGUAGAAAUCACUCUUGAUGCUGUAAAUAAAAACUUAGCCUCUGGAAGAGACACCUUGCUCAGAUCAUUUUCUAAGCUAUUAUUUGGCCAUUCUUCUAAUAUUACAGCUAAAGAAGUAGCUAAAAUUUCUAGGGAUAUCUUUUUACCUUUGAAAUAAGUCCUACCACGCUUGUAAUGAUGUAAUAAUGCUUAUGUGGUCAAGAUUUCCUGAAAUCUCAGAAUUCCCUGAACUUAAAAUAUCAAAUCUUACAGAAGAACCAAUAAAGGAGAAAGAACUUGACGAUGAAAUAUCUCAAGAUAUCUUUGAACAAGAUGAUGAAGUUAUACGGGAGAGUCCAAGAGAGAUAGACUUCAAUUUUCUUCAAAGAGAGCUAAACCCUUGCUUUAUACCAGAGAUGAGGAAAUUUCCUUCUUUCAAGAUCCCUGAAAAUAGUCAUGACGAGUCAGAUGAGAGGCUAAAACCUAUCCCUCCAGAACUAUCUGAAAUAAUUUAUAGUGAGCACUCUGAAGAUUUGAUUAGCCAGGAGAUGUCCAAAAAGUAUAUCGCACCAGUUAACGGAGAGGUUAACUUUAAACUUGACCAAAGCAGGAAGAAGCUUGAUUUUGAUUUUGACUCUGAAGGCUCUAAGGAGGAUCUCUCUGAGUCAAAAGAGAACCUUGAAUUCUCACCUGUUGUGUUCCCCAGAAAAAUACACAAUAUUGAUGCACAAAUGAAGAGUUCUGCCAGUAGAGUAGUGUUCACUAAGAUUAAAUCAAAAGAUAGCCUUCAUAAUGAGGUUGAUAUUAAGGAGGAGAGUAGUACAUUUCGAAGGGAUUCACGAAACAGCUUCUCUAACUUUCUGGGAUUUCAAAGUAUUCAGAAACCUCAUAGAGUGGCGUAUUUAAUUUUAAAGGAGCUUUCGAGGGUCAGAGCUCAGAUACAAAAGUCGUAUGAGAAAUUAUAUGAUCAGAUUGAAGAUCAGGAAUCUCAAUUCUUCUAUUUCCUCAAAGGUCUAUAUCUCAAAACAACGUAUGUAAAGCAAUCUAAGUCUAAUAAGAUAUGGUAUAGCACUGAAUGUAAGGAUUCUAACCUCGGUUUGUUACACAAAAGACCUAUUGCACGUAUGAAUAGAAGAAUAGUUAGUUUAAUAAGAGAAAAUCUGAAGGCUAUUAAAUCUCCAAUGCCAUUGAUCCCACUGGAAGAACUUGAUCUGGCUAAUUACCCUAUAUUUAUAGAAAAUGUAUAUAAACUUCCAAAGCCAAUUGCAAAUACGCCUUAUGAGCGGAAAAAGAUACAUAUUUUUAUCUUGGUCCAUGGACUGGGUGGGAGCUAUAUCUGCAUGAUUCCUCUAAUGAGCGAGAUCAGAAGAGUAGUCCCAAACAGUGACUUCCUGUUACCAAAAUGUAUGGGAGAAGAGAAAUCUAAGAAAAGUAUUGAUGAACUUGCAAUUGAGUUGGUGAAAGAAAUUCGGAAAUUUAUUAAGAGGAAUUACUCAAUGGAUGAAAUAGGCCAGAUAUCAUUUCUCUGACACUCACUUGGAGGUAUAGUAUCAAGAGCAGCAAUCCCUGAGUUAGUGGAAUAUAACAACUUCUUUUAUUCCUUUGUCACCUUUGGAUCUCCCCAUUUAGGAAUCAUGAAUUCUCAGAAACAUAUUAAGGUUGGAAUUUGGUUAACACAGGUUUUCCUAAAAAUUGAUUGAAUUACUCAGCUAAACAUGAGAGACUCUAGUAAUUUUGAAGAUACUUUCCUUUACAAAUUGAGUAAAAACAGAGCUUUGAAAGAUUUUGAGUAUAUUUAUUUCUUCUGAUCCCCUCAAGAUAGCUUCGUGCCAUAUUCUUCAGCAAGAUGACAAGUAUUUAAAGACGAUAUAUCUCUUAAACAUACUCCAAAGCUUCUCUCAAUGGCUCAGAACAUCUUGGAGCCUGUCAAGAAAUGAGUUGUUCGAGUUGAUAUCGAUUUCCUUGUCGAAGCUAGCUUGGACUCUCUGAUUGGACGUAAAGCCCAUACAAACUUCAUAUAUGAUCCACUGUUCAUAAAGUUCUUUGUCAGAAGAUACCAUAACAUUUUCGGGCUUGAUUUUACCAGAUAACUGAUCUAAACUAAAUAUUUUUAACUUAUUUCAAUAC